AUGAAGACACGAAUCCUUCACGUCCCGGUCACGGGCAAAGAUGACUCUGCUCUGGGACACUGGGCGGACACACUACCCGAUGGACGGCCGGAUCUCAGUCACUGGGUUGUUGCUGGGGAGGAUCAACCCAACGAAACCAGCAACGGCACCACAGGCACCAACGACACCAACAAUGGCACCAGCACUUCAAACGAAAUACUCACCCCCCUCCGCGAAGCAGCCCACCUCCUCCGCACCAGCGCCAUCCCCGUAGCCUUCCCAACCGAAACGGUCUACGGCCUGGGCGCGGACGCCACGCGCUCAGACGCCGUCCGCGGGAUCUACACGGCGAAAGGCCGGCCGUCGGAUAACCCGCUGAUUGUGCACGUUUGUGAUUUGGAUAUGUUACGGGGGUUGGUUCGGCCCGGGUGGACCAGGAAGACGACAAACCCAGGAACAGAGUCAGGACCAGAAGAAGAAGACGACCCCAUCCCCGCAAUCUACCACCCCCUCAUCCGCGCCUUCUGGCCCGGUCCCCUAACCAUCCUCCUCCCCUUACCAGCUCCCACUAUCACUCCUACUCCUACUACUAACCCCCUCGCCCCCGAAGUAACCUCCACACUCCCCACCUUCGGCGCCCGCCUCCCCUCCUCUUCUCUAGCUCGCACCCUCAUCCGCCUCACAUCCCGUCCCCUCGCAGCCCCAAGCGCCAACGCCUCCACCCGUCCCUCACCCACCACAGCCCAGCACGUCUACGACGACCUACACGGGAAAAUCGAACUGGUGCUCGAUGGCGGGGCGUGUGAGGUCGGAGUGGAGAGUACAGUUGUUGAUGGACUGUGUGUGCCGCCGGUGGUGUUGCGGCCGGGGGGG